AUGGCACCAAAACCAACCAAAGCCGAGAAGAAGCAGUCUUACGACGCCAAGCUAUGCCAGCUUCUAGACGAGUUCUCUCAGAUUCUUAUUGUUAAUGCUGAUAAUGUUGGAUCUAAGCAGCUUCAGAGUAUUCGAAGCGGUCUACGUGGGGAUUCUGUGGUUCUUAUGGGGAAGAACACUAUGAUGAAGAGAUCUGUUAGGAUGCAUGCUGAGAAGACUGGGAACAAUGCUUUCAUCAACUUGAUUCCUCUCCUUGUUGGAAAUGUUGGUUUGAUUUUUACCAAAGGAGAUUUGAAGGAGGUUAGCGAAGAGGUUGCAAAAUACAAGGUUGGAGCCCCUGCCCGUGUUGGUUUGGUUGCUCCCAUUGAUGUUGUUGUUCCUCCUGGCAACACAGGGCUCGACCCAUCCCAGACCUCUUUCUUCCAGGUUCUCAACAUUCCCACUAAGAUUAACAAGGGUACUGUUGAAAUCAUUACACCGGUUGAACUCAUCAAGAAGGGAGACAAGGUGGGAUCUUCUGAAGCUGCAUUGCUCGCCAAGCUAGGCAUUAGGCCCUUUUCAUAUGGUCUUGUGGUUCUUUCUGUCUAUGAUAACGGCUCUGUGUUCAGCCCUGAGGUUCUUGAUCUCACUGAUGACGACCUUGUUGCGAAGUUUGCUAUUGGUGUUUCAAUGGUUACUUCACUUUCCCUGGCCAUAUCAUACCCAACACUCGCUGCUGCACCUCACAUGUUUGUGAAUGCCUACAAGAAUGUUCUUGCCAUUGCAGUGGCAACUGAAUAUUCCUACCCAGAGGCUGAUGAGGUUAAGGAGUAUUUGAAGGAUCCAAGUAAGUUUGCUGCUGUAGCUGCUGCUGCUGCUCCUGCUGAUAUAGCUGCUGCUGCACCAGCUGCAGCCAAGGAGGAGAAGAAGGAAGAACCUGAAGAAGAAUCUGAUGACGACAUUGGUUUUGGUCUUUUUGAUGAGUAA